GCUCCAGUGCGUUGAAAAGUGCAGGCUGGUGGGGGAGUGAGCUGGUCUGCAGCUGCACGGCACACACAAACGUCUUUCUUUCUUCUCUGAUUUGUGUAUGUCUGUCUGUUCGCAAGACGUUUACUUUUCAGGUGAAGGAUUACUUUACUAUCUUGACCCCAAAGUAUUUAGCGUCAACACAGACUUUUCUGCGCUGAACUAUCAACGAUUAAUUGGGGUCUUUACAUCAACCUCCACAGACCUGAGCACAAUGUUGAACAACAGGGAUCGCUGGAAGGUGUACAAAAGGGUGGCUGUCAUGUUCUGCCUGGCAGUGGUAGCACUCACUGUUGUCCAGAGAGGAAGCAUCAACAUGGGGGCUCCGUUCGAACUCGAGAGGAGGGCUCGCAUGGAUGCUUCAGAGGGAGUGGAGUCUGGAGCUUUACAUUCCUCUCAGAGGAUAAAAGGUUUUUGGAAGGCAAGCAAACACCAGCCUAGACAGUCAACCACCCGGGACCCUAGUGUUACUGAAGACAACAGCGCUACAACUUGGGAUGUAACCAGCUCCAACUGUAGCGCCAACCUCAAUCUCUCCGGCCAGGAUUGGUUUCGGGGACUGGAGGAAAAUUUCAAGCAGUUCAUGCUUUAUCGACACUGUCGUUACUUCCCAAUGCUCCUCAACCACCCUGAGAAGUGCUCAGGAGACAUAUAUUUACUCAUGGUGAUCAAGUCAGUGGCCACCCAGCAUGACCGUAGAGAGGUCAUUCGGAAAACCUGGGGGAAAGAGCGAGUGUUGAAUGGCAAGAGGAUAAAGACACUUUUCCUACUUGGUAAACCAUCCAACCACGCUGAAAGGGCAAACCAUCAGAAGCUUGUGGAGUAUGAGAACCACAUCUAUGGGGAUAUCCUCCAGUGGAACUUUUUGGAUAGCUUCUUUAAUCUCACACUUAAGGAGACCCAUUUUCUCAAAUGGUUUCACACAUACUGCCCAAAUGUUCACUACAUCUUCAAGGGGGAUGACGAUGUCUUUGUCAAUGUGGAGAAUAUUUUCGAGUUCUUAGACAGCACUGGCCAUGCGAGGAAUCUCUUUGUAGGGGAUGUGAUUUUCAAGGCCAGGCCAAUCCGUAAAAAGGAAAAUAAGUACUAUAUCCCACAAGCUCUAUAUAACAAGACCCAUUACCCUCCGUAUGCAGGUGGAGGGGGAUUUCUGAUGGAUAAAACUGUGGCGAGGAGGCUUCACUGGGUAGCAGACACCCUGGAGUUGUACCCCAUUGAUGAUGUCUUCUUGGGUAUGUGCCUUGAGGUCCUUCAUGUCGCUCCGAUAAAACACAAUGCCUUUAAGACGUUUGGCCUUGUGAAAAACAAAAGCAGUAAGUUGAACAGAGAACCUUGUUUCUUUAGGAGCAUGAUCGUUGUGCACAAACUGCUCCCAAUGGAACUCAGACGCAUGUGGAAUCUGGUCAACAGUGACUUGGUCUGCUCACAAAAGGUUGAGAUCCUAUAGCUUGGCGGGGACGAGGAAAGGACAGCACCAACACACAAGCUGAAUCGUGAUGUUUGCCAAAAUAGUUAAAGGCAAUCAGUGCGUAAUCUCCUUUCUGUGGAGAGAGACUGGGACAGUAUUUGUUAGUUCUGCGCAUUUCAUGAGGAGGUUCUUCAAAAGUCACGUAAAUUAUAGUUUGAAAUUGUGGUAUUUAUUGGGUAUUUCAAAGACCUAACACUAAUGCUGUGGCAAUGGGAACCCAAAAGAGGACAGUAAAGUGAUCUGUGUGAUACUGGCCUACACGGUGCUCAGUGCUUCAGUGGGACUCCAACUUUGAGCAUAAUUUGCAGCAUACUUUUUCUUCAGCAGACAGUGAGUGAAAGAUGGUAAACCCAAAAAUGUGAAGACAAGUUAUUAUUGGUAAAUACAAAUAUGAAUGUUGCUGCCUGCUCAAAGAAAUUAAUCCUGCUUUUUUUUUUUAAAUCCGGCCUCACCUGUGUCUAGUUUGCAUGUUCUCCCCGUGCCUGCGUGGGUUUUCUCCAGGUACUCCGGUCUCCUCCCACAUCCCAAAAACAUGCAUGGUAGGUUAAUUGAAGACUCUAAAUUGUCCGUAGGUGUGAAUGUGAGUGGGAAUGGUUGUUUGUUUAUAUGUGCCCUGCGAUUGGCUGGCAACCACUUCAGGGUGUACCCUGCCUCCUACCCGCAGUCAGCUGGGAUAGGCUCCAGCAUACCCGUGACCCUAGUGAGGAAAAGCGGUGUAGAAAAUGGAUGGUUGGAUGGAUGAUCGUGGCCAUUAAUCAAACCCCCACCCACCCACCCACCACCACCCCACACCAAGAGGCCAGUGUCUGUAAGUCAUCAAUGCACAGCCGCUUUCCAUUUGAGUGUAAGAAAUAUCCCACUUUACUUUGCCUUGGACCAGUAUAUGUGUGGCAUAGUGGCUUAACCAACUAAAAGUAAGAGAAUGACCUUCUACCUCAGUAAUCCAGACUCUGCUCCAUCUCCAAUAUUAAGUGUCAGAAAUAAACAUUUGUCUCACAUGAUGUGUUCUGCACACUUUUUUUUUUUUUUUUUUUUUUUUUUUUUUUUUU